CCAAAAUGAACGUGUAUCGCAGGUCCUCCAGGACAUGGGUCUGCCCACAGGAGUGGAAGUGAAGACUGAGUCGAUAAAAUCGGAGGAGGUGGUCGUAGCGGUCACUGUGGAGGAAGUGAAGCCGGUGAUAACGCCCAUCGAAGCUCCCAGCUCUUCCCCAGCAGCCGCCAACGCAGACGGCAGUGAAGCUGUAGAGACUGCUCGCCAACAGGGACCGAUACUCACUAAACACGGGAAAAACCCCGUGAUGGAGCUGAACGAGAAGCGCCGCGGCCUGAAGUACGAACUCAUCUCGGAGACGGGAGGAAGCCACGACAAACGCUUCGUCAUGGAGGUGGAUAUCGACGGGCAGAAGUUCCAGGGCACCGGGUCCAAUAAGAAGGUGGCGAAGGCCUACGCUGCUCUGGCUGCUCUGGAGCGGCUCUUUCCAGAGGGCGCUAUGGCCGAGGCUGCCAAAAAGAAAAAAGGACCACCAAUGACUUGUUUGGCUAACCUCUCUCUUGUUUCCCUCCUCAGCCUCUACCUAACCAGCAUCUACGACCACUCCAUAUUCGAGGCCUUCAGUAAAGUCGUCCAGAAGCUGCUUCCUCAGUUACCAACACUGGAGAACCUUUUGAACAUUUUCAUCUCACAUUCUGGGAUCGAGAAAGCCUUCCUGUUUGAUGUUGUUAGUAAGAUUUACAUCGCCACAGACAGCUCCCCGGUGGACAUGCAGUCCUACGAACUCUGCUGCGAUAUGAUCGAUGUUGUCAUUGAUGUCUCCUGCAUUUACGGGCUGAUGCAGGAUGGCAGCGGCUGCGCCUACGACAAGGAGUCCUCAGCUAUCAUCAGGCUGAACAACUCCACCGUGCUUUAUUUGAAAGAGGUCACAAAGUUCCUCGCUCUCGUCUGCAUCCUCAGGGAGGAGAGCUUCGAGAGGAAAGGUCUGAUAGAGUACAACUUUCACUGUUUCCGAAAAGCCAUCCACGAAGUGUUUGAAGUGGGAAACUUGCCUCAAGACGCCCGCUCGUCCAGUAACAACCUGACGGGACUAAAGUACGCCGGCGCGCACAACGGAAGUGCUGUUUAAUACACAAAAUGAUAAAUACAAAAUAUGUGAAAGCAAACAUUACUCCUUACAAGCACAUGGUGCCUUAUUGUGUGUGUCAGCUG